CGUAUUGGUUUUCAGAGGUAUAUCAGAGAGAAGAAUGGUAGUGGGUGGUGUCAGAGUUCACCGUUUUCUCAGUUCACUUUCUCUUUCUCGCUCUCGACCUUCAAUCGCUGUCUCUACGCGACUAUUUUCCGCCAUGGCUGAAGAAUUCGUGAAGGGAGCUGUUCAUCCAAACGGCGUCGCUGUCAUCACCCUCGAUCGCUCCAAAGCACUCAACGCCAUGAACCUAGAUAUGGAUGUAAAGUAUAAAAGUUAUCUUGAUCAAUGGGAAUCGGACCCAAGGGUCAAAUGUGUACUGGUUGAUAGCACCUCGGCUCGUGCCUUUUGUGCCGGUAUGGAUAUUAAAGGGGUUGUUGCUGAAAUACAAAAGGACAAAAGUGGUGAUGUGAAGCAGAUAACAAUCAAAAACAAUCUAUCAGAUAUGAUUGAGGUCUUCACUGCUGAGUAUUCUCUGAUAUGCAAAAUUUCUGAUUAUCCGAAGCCUUAUAUAAGCUUCAUGGAUGGUAUAACAAUGGGUUUUGGAAUUGGUUUAUCUGGUCAUGGCCGCUAUCGCAUCAUAACAGAGAGAACCAUUCUUGCCAUGCCAGAAAAUGGAAUUGGUUUGUUCCCGGAUGUAGGUUUUGCUUAUAUAGCAGCUCAAAGUCCAGGGGAAGGAUCUGUUGGUGCUUAUCUUGGAUUGACUGGGAAGAGGAUUUCAACUCCUUCAGAUGCAAUAUUUGUUGGUCUUGGAACACAUUACGUACCAUCUGGAAAAUUAGGUUCAUUCAAGGAUGCCCUUUUGGCGACAAACUUUUCCCAGGAUCCACAUCAGGACAUCAAAGUACUUUUAGCAAGAUUUGAGGCCAACCCAGAGUCUGAAUCACAGUUGAAAUUGCUGUUACCUCAGAUAGUGUCUUCAUUUGGCGGAAAUAAAUCAGUCACUGAAAUCAUUAAGGAGCUAAAGAAACACCAGUCAAGCACCGAUCCUAAUGUCGUGGAGUGGGCUAGUGAAGCUCUCGAAGGCAUCAGAAAAGGUGCUCCCUUUUCCCUUUCCUUGACCAAUAAGUACUUCUCUGCAGUUGCCUCUGCAGUGGGUAAGAAUCGCAUGGAACUAUCCACGCUUAAUGGCGUAAUGAAAACCGAGUAUCGUAUUGCCUUGAGGUCUUCACUGCGACAUGAUUUUUCAGAAGGUGUCCGAGCAGUGCUGGUGGACAAGGAUCAGAACCCAAAAUGGAAACCAUCAAGCCUGGAGGAAGUUGAUCCGAAAGAAGUGGAAGCCGUCUUUCAGCCAUUAGGACCGGAGGUUGGGGAGUUGAAAGUGUAAGUUUAAAAAGAAAGUGUACUCUUCUCAUUUCUCAAAUGCAUUAAAGAAAUGUUGGCACUGCAUAAAAUAAACAGAUGCUGUUUCAUUCCAGUCCUGACCUAGCGUGACAUUUAUUGUUCACCAUAUGAUAACAUGAGAUCCAUGUUUUUGAAAGUCAAAGGACGAUGUACCUAUCAUACCCAUUUAGAAGAAAUGAAGGCUCUGCUUUCCUUAAUCGACAUCUCUGAAUGUACUCAGUGAGUUACACUAUUUAUCUUAUAUUGAGUAUUUUAUAUGAUCUUUUCAA